AUGACCACCACUGAGGACCGCACCAAGCACGCACUGCACGAGCUGCAUUUACCACAAUCUAGAGAAAAUGGAGAUUUGGGACCUUCGCAAUCAGGAUAUGUAUCAAAAUCAGCAGUAAAGCCCGUCCCGGUUGCCAAGUCAUGGGCGCAUUUCGUUGCUGGAGGUGUUGGGGGGAUGACAGCCGCAGCUCUCACGGCACCUCUCGAUGUUCUAAAAACACGUCUACAAUCCGAUUUCUACCAAGCACAAUUGGCGCAGAGUCGUUUGGCCAAGGGCAUUUCUCCACAUGCGCAUCUCUCGCCACUGCGUAGCGGGCUUUUACAUUUCCGCGAAACUUUUCAGAUAUUGGGGUCGGUGCAUAGGCUUGAGGGAUAUCGUGCGCUGUUCAAGGGAUUGGGGCCGAAUCUCGUUGGAGUGGUUCCUGCGAGGUCAAUCAACUUUUUUGUCGUGGGCAACGGAAAGAGAAUGUUGGCGGGGUAUAAUGGUGGAGUGGAAUCGGCGUGGAUCGUUUGUCUUGCAGCAGCCGCUGCGGGGAUCACGACAAGUACGGUUACGAAUCCAAUUUGGUUAAUCAAAACCCGGUUACAACUGGAUAAGAAUGUAGCGGAGAGAGCAGGGGAUGUGGGAAAGAGACAAUACAAAAACAGUUGGGAUUGUAUCAAGCAGGUUAUUAGGGGAGAGGGGAUUCGGGGUUUAUACAAAGGGAUGAGUGCAAGUUACCUGGGCGUUACAGAAAGCACGUUGCAAUGGGUCUUGUAUGAGCAGAUGAAGAAGAAACUCGAGAAGCGAGAGGAGAGGAUCAUAUUGAGUGGAAGACCUAGAAAUUUCUGGGAUCACUCUGUACAGUGGACUGGAAGUCUAGGGGCAGCAGGAUUUGCGAAGUUCGUGGCAGCACUUGCGACUUAUCCCCAUGAAGUCCUCCGAACACGCUUACGACAAGCACCUUCAGACCAUGGACGCCCCAAAUAUACUGGACUCGUUCAAUGCUUCAACCUUGUUUGGAAAGAGGAGGGAAUGGUUGCUUUGUACGGAGGUUUGACGCCGCAUCUACUACGGACGGUACCGAGUGCCGCCAUCAUGUUUGGCAUGUACGAAGGAAUACUGAAAUUACUGGAAAAGCCAGCUUCGUCUUAA